AUGAGCAUUUCCUUUGAAUUAAAGAAGCAUGUUUGCAAUGAAGAAUACACGGUUUUUCUCUAUAUUUCAGGUAGUACAAUUCUUCGUUCUCUUCUCACUAAUCAAAUCACACAUCUGAAUAUUGAAAUCAAAGAUGAAACAAUAGCUGAGUUAUGUAAUGAAAAUAAAUCAAAUAUAUUUCCAUUCAUAUUAUCUUUAAGUAAACAAUUAAUCGAUUUAACAUUUUCUGAAAUGACAUAUACGCAACGUUUGGGAAUUUCAACUUUCAAUCUCUCAUUAACAAGUUGUAUAUCUUCAACUCUUAUUAAAUUGAAAAUUGAUGUUAAUACCUUUGAUGAUUGUCUUUAUCUUCUUGAUGGACGUCUCGAAUGUUUAUCCAUAUUGAUCGUCAAGAUACGUGAAAUUUCUAUGUCAUUAUCAAAAAUAGAUAACACUGUAAGUUCAUUUGAAUCAUUAUAUAGAAAACUUCUUAAAUUAAAUCACUUUUCAUUAAUAUCGGUUCUUCACACAAUAUUUUAUGACGCACAAGUUGUUCCACUACUUCAGCGAAUGACAAAUCUUGAAGAAUUGACAUUAUUUAUUUCAGUAUUAAGAAGUGAAUCGACUUAUAUUGAUGGCAAUUAUUUUUAUGAUGAAAUUCUUGUUCAUAUGCCACGACUAAACAAAUUUACUUUUAAUAUAAUCACUGAAAUUGUUAAUGCAAAUGUUGGAAUUGUUUUUCCAUUAAAUGAUGACAUUCAAUUUAGUUUCAAGAAAAGAGGAUAUCAUCAAGUUGGUUCGUAUUCCGACUAUAAUCCAACGAUGGGCGUAGCCAAAUGUCAUGUCUAUUCACUUCCAUAUCAAUUCGAACUUUUUAUUAUUCUGAAUAACUUUUUUCCAGGUGGCAUGUUCAAUAAAGUUCGAUACUUAACAAUGAAUGAUACAAGUCCAUUUGAACAUGAAUUAUUUAAACUAGUGUCUCAAGAUUUUCCUUAUCUUGAAAAUUUAUAUAUAUGUAAUUUCUGUGCUCAAGAAAACAAACAAGAUUCAUCUACAUUGAUUGUAUUUCCUCAUCUUAUUGCACUCAAGCUAGGUAGAUCACAUAUAAAUUAUGCUGAACAGUUUCUCUUCGAAAAGAACACUCGUUUGCCUCGUUUGCGAAAACUCACGAUCAACUACAAAACACUUGAAAUGGUAACAGAUUACUUUACCAAUGAUGCAAUGCGUCUUAACUGUGCUAACUUGCAAAGUAUUGAUACAGAUGGGCCAUUUGUUCGUCCAAAAAAUUUUCAUCAAUAUUUUCCUUUAUUGUAA